GACCUCCUCGCAGUAGCGCGCGGUGGCAGUCGACGUUUUCCGCGAGGGAAAGCUGUCGCGCGCGCAUGGGAGUCGGGCACGAUCGUUGCACGCUCGACACGUUGAGGCGAUCGGCGCGACGGAGGCACGAGACGUCGGCAGAGAGAAAGAGAGAUAAAGAGAGAAAGGAAGAGUGUGAGAGAGAGAGAGAGAGAGAGAGUGUAUCUGAAGGGAAGUAGAAAUAGGGGAGGGGACGGUGAGAGAACGAGAAAGGGAGGAAGAGAAAGACAGUGUGUGUGUGUGUGUGUGUGUGUGUGUGAGAGAGUGAGAAAGAGAGGGGGAGGGAAAGUGGUUGAACAGAGAAGAGAGCGAGUGAGAAAGCUGGUCCAGGAAGAGACGCGCAAGGGUGGUGACCCGUGACUCCGCAGCGCGCCGGAGGAGCCAGUCUGUUCGGCUCGUACCACUGCUCCGCGCGCCCAGUAGCGACGGUCCGCGCUCUAGUCAGCCGCGGCGCAGUAGAUACGUCCCGCGCGCUCCAGUCCGACGCAAAGCGCGCCCUUCGUUCCGCCGUGGCCCGACGUCUGCGCCUCGCCGUUUGCUCUCCCGGUGCCGUCUCGAUCGCGGGGGUCUCGCUCGCGAUAGCAACGGCAUCGGCAGCAACAUUCGCUCGUAUACGCCUCGCGCGUGAAUCCAGCCGAACCCAGUGAUCUCGUGACCUUGUGACACCGCCUGCCGGAAAGAGAGAGAGAGAGAGACAGAGGAAGAGGGGGAAGGGAGACAGAUGCACCCGCGCUGAGAGACUGAGAGAGCGAGCGCCCGCCUCGGCCGUACGUACGCCGAUCGCCACCGUGUCGCGGCGCGCGUCGGCUCCUCCCAGAUCGCGAGAGGGUUGGCGAGGAGGGAUCGAGGCGGAAAAGUAAGUCGCGGAGUCGUCGGACGAGAGGGACGCUCGGACCGUGCGCGCGAGCCCCGAUCGAGAGUUCCGCCGCCGGGAAGGCAUCGAUCUCGCCACGCCGCUCGUCCCGCUCGGCGCAACCGGUAACGAUCGAGGCGUUCUCGAUCGUGCGCGCCGAAACCCGGAGGGAGACCCGGGAUCCCCCCGAUCUACGUCGACGAAUGUCAGGCGAUUGCAGCCGGUCGCUUCUCGCGAGAGGACACAUCGGCGAGUCUCCGCACGCUCCCUCCGUCGAGGACGGCCGAUCUCGCGAUCGUCCUCUCCAGAGCGACGCUCCCUCGCACCGUCGUCGGGCGAGAUCACGAGGAGGUCAGCGGCGCGUGACCGGAGGAAAAUCCCCCUGGAACAUCGUGUCUGAGCGAUCAGUCUGAACGAACGAACUUGGAGCCGAAGGAGAGGGUAGCUCGCUCGGCGGGAGGAAAACCGCCGAUCCGCGGGCAUCGGGGAAGCGUGCACGGUACUGAGCUUCGGGCGGCAGCUGGAAGAGGGGGUCUCGCGUUUGCUACCCCCGGUGGCCGGCGGAAAAUCGAAGACGCGUCGAAACCAUGAGCGAGGGCACGCCGAAGUCGCAGACCAAGAUCGUCGUGCCCGACGGUUCGCCAGUGCGGCCGCAGGCUGGCGAUGGAGGCGGCGCCGGCGGAGAUGGCGAACCUAUCGUCGGCGGUACCAAUUCCGAGAAGAAGUCAGGAUAUGAGACCAAUCUAUAUCUCUACAGUGAGGAGAUGGAGGACCGGCCGCGGAUCUCGACGUUGCUCAACAGCCUGGCUAACUACAGCAACACCAUCCCCGCUGCGACCGACCCGGAUAGUAAACCGGCCCCGGCCGCAGGGGGUGGGGCGCGAAUGGGUACUCUCAUAGGUGUCUACUUGCCGUGUAUCCAGAACAUCUUCGGUGUGAUCCUCUUUAUCCGGUUGACAUGGGUAGUCGGCACCGCCGGCGCCGUGCAGGGCUUCUUCAUCGUGCUUUGCUGCUGCUGCGUCACGAUGUUAACGGCGAUCAGCAUGAGCGCCAUCGCCACGAACGGCGUGGUGCCGGCCGGUGGUUCCUACUUCAUGAUAUCGAGAAGCUUGGGCCCGGAAUUCGGCGGCGCGGUAGGUAUGCUGUUUUACACCGGCACCACUUUAGCCGCCGCGAUGUACAUCAUCGGCGCCGUGGAGAUUGUUCUCACUUAUAUGGCGCCGUCGCUCAGCAUAUUCGGCGACUUCACCAAAGACGCCAGCAUUAUGUACAACAACUUCCGGGUGUACGGCACCGGUCUGCUGAUGGUAAUGGGCACCAUUGUCUUCGUGGGCGUAAAGUUCGUUAACAAGUUCGCUACGGUGGCACUGGCCUGCGUCAUUCUCUCGAUCGUCGCCGUUUACGUGGGCCUCUUCGUGAAUUUCAACGGCAACGAUGCUCUCAAGCUGUGCGUGCUCGGCAGGAGACUGCUGAAGGACAUCAACGUCUUGACCGACUGCAAUAAGAACGUCGACGGUGCGUUGCACAAGAUUUACUGCGGCAACAGCACCCAGCGCGCGAAAUGCGACCAGUAUUACAACGAGAACAACAUCACCAUCGUCAACGGUAUUCGCGGCUUGGCCAGCGGCGUGUUUCUAGAGAACAUAUGGGACAGUUUCCAAGAGGAGGGUCAAUUGAUCGCUUACGGCAGCGUCCCGAAAGAUAUCGAUGUCCUGUCGGGCUCGAGCUACAAUCAGAUUCAGGUGGACCUCACCACAACCUUCACCAUCCUCAUCGGUAUAUUCUUCCCCUCUGUGACGGGUAUUAUGGCGGGAUCGAAUCGAUCCGGUGACCUGGCGGACGCUCAGAAGUCCAUCCCGAUCGGCACGAUUUGCGCGAUCCUGACGACCUCGACCGUCUACCUGUCCAGCGUGUUGUUAUUCGCCGGCACCGUGGACAACCUGCUGCUGCGCGACAAGUUCGGCCAGAGUAUCGGCGGCAAGCUCGUGGUGGCGAACAUGGCCUGGCCGAAUCAGUGGGUGAUCCUGAUCGGCUCGUUCCUCUCCACCCUGGGCGCCGGGCUGCAGUCCUUGACGGGAGCGCCGCGAUUGCUGCAGGCGAUCGCGAAGGACGGCAUAAUACCGUUCCUGACGCCGUUCGCCACCAGCUCGAGCCGGGGCGAGCCGACCCGCGCCCUCAUGCUCACCGUCCUCAUCUGCCAGUGCGGCAUCUUGCUCGGCAACGUGGACUACUUGGCUCCGUUGCUCUCGAUGUUUUUCCUCAUGUGCUACGGCUUCGUGAACCUGGCCUGCGCCCUGCAGACUCUGCUGCGCACGCCCAACUGGCGGCCACGCUUCAAGUACUACCACUGGAGCCUGUCGGUCCUCGGUCUGUCGCUCUGCAUCGCCGUGAUGUUCAUGACCAGCUGGUACUACGCGCUGUUGGCGAUGGGCAUGGCCGGCUGUAUCUACAAGUACAUCGAGUACCGCGGCGCCGAGAAGGAAUGGGGCGACGGUAUACGCGGUCUCGCGCUCUCCGCCGCCCGUUACUCCCUGCUGCGGCUCGAGGAAGGGCCACCGCACACGAAGAACUGGCGGCCGCAGAUCCUGAUCCUGUCCAAGCUGACGGACGACCUCGUACCGAAAUAUCGCAAGCUCUUCGCGUUCGCCAGCCAACUCAAGGCCGGCAAGGGCCUCACCAUCAGCGUCAGCUGCAUUGCCGGCGACUACACGCAGAACUCGGGCGAGGCUUUAGCGGCGAAACAGAGCCUCAGGAAGACCGUGGUGGAGGAGAAGGUGAAGGGUUUCGUCGACGUGCUCGUGGCCAAGAACGUUAUCGACGGACUCAGUUCGCUCAUACAGACCACCGGGCUGGGCGGGCUGAAACCUAACACGGUGAUAUUAGGCUGGCCCUACGGCUGGCGGCAGUCCGAGCAGGAGAGGACCUGGCGGGUCUUCCUGCAGACCGUCAGGAGCGUCGCCGCCGCCAAGAUGGCGUUGCUGGUGCCCAAAGGGAUUAACUUCUUCCCGGACUCCACGGAGAAAGUGGUCGGCAACAUCGACGUAUGGUGGAUCGUUCACGACGGCGGUCUUCUGAUGCUGCUCCCGUUCCUGCUGAAGCAGCAUCGCACCUGGAAGAACUGCAAGAUGAGGAUCUUCACGGUCGCGCAGAUGGAGGACAACUCGAUACAGAUGAAGAAGGACUUGAAGAAGUUCCUGUACGACCUGAGGAUCGAGGCGGAGGUCGAAAUCGUCGAAAUGAUGAACUCCGACAUCUCCGCGUACACGUACGAACGCACUCUCAUCAUGGAGCAGAGGAACCAGAUGCUGCGCGAGCUGCAACUGAACAAGAAGCAGUCGUUAGGAGUGGUGCAGACAUUGGUGGACUUCAACGAGGUACCCGCCGAGGAAAAAUUACCUCUGGUACAGGCAAUCGUGGACCAUCACCACAACGUAGACGCGAAGGUGCCGACGAAGGUGCGAUUCCAAGAGCCGGGCAGCCAGAACACGAACAUCACCGACGACACGAAGGAGAAGCUGAUGCACGAUACCGACCUAAACAACAAGGAGCUGGAGGCCGAGGAGAUCAACGAGAAGGACGAGGUGAAGGAGAACAACGACGAGGAGGCGAAGCUGAUCGGCGGCUCGCCCAAGGCGGAGAACAGAGAGAACACGGAGAAGGAGGCGAUGGAGAACGCGCAGGAAAACGAGAGCCCAGAGGCUAAGAAACCUACGAUCACACCCGACGAGGGUGACGUGAGGCGUAUGCACACCUCGGUGAAAUUGAACGAGGUAAUCGUCAACAAGAGCCAUGACGCUCAACUGGUCAUUCUAAAUCUUCCCGGGCCGCCGCGGGAUACGAAGAUGGAGCGUGAAUCUAACUACAUGGAAUUCCUCGAAGUACUUACCGAAGGCUUGGAGAGGGUGUUGAUGGUGCGGGGCAGCGGACGGGAGGUGAUCACCAUUUACUCGUGAAGUGUGAAGCCGUCGGGAAUUGAAGCGGCUGCCUCGCUGAAGCAGAGCUCUAGUUUACUUCUCAGUGACCUAAACGACAUCACCCUAAGGAACACGCUGCUCUUGUGCCAUUGUCUGCGCAGUCACUUGCGCCGCGCGCUCUGAGUCAUCUGAGAAAAAGAAGAGAAGGAGGAGGACAGUGACGAUGAUGACGAAAACGACGACGACGACGGUCGUUCGGCGUCGGUACCGAAGGAGGACGAGGCAUCGUCAUCGAGGCCGAUUCACCGCGCGGACCACGGCGAACGAUCGUCAACGACGACGACGAGAAGCGACGCGGAUAAGUUCCCUUUAGAUUGAAUUUCCGAACGUAGACGCGUGUGUCGGACGUACGACGCGCACGGCAGCGGGGACUGUUCAGAUCAAACUUUCAGACAACUCUCUGUACAAGCUCAGCCGAGCUCUCGCCGCCGGACUGCGAUCGCGAUUAGAUAAAGAAACAACACCCUUCGGAGAUCGCCGGAACACACUAACCGUAGCUCAACGACACGUCCCGAAACAAAGAAAACAAAACUCAAACGUCACUUCGAUUCGAUUCCUUGCAGUCGAGAGCUAAGAGAACAAAAAAAAAUCACACGUUCGACAUGCGAGGGGAAGGAGAGAACGGAAGAAGCGGAGGGGAAAACACGGCGAAGGGACA